AUGUCGACCGCCGCCGCAGCCAAACCGCCCGCUUCAGGCACCCCUCGGCGCGAGCCUGCUGCGAGGACCGCCUCGUCGUCGCCCGCAGCGGCGAACCGCACACCCACCCGGGGCUCAACCCCGACCACGAACGGCACUCCGGGCGCCGCCAGGAGGGGAUCUGUCCGCUCAGGUGCCAAUGGCGCACCUGUUUCUGCGCGCGCGUCGGUACGCAAGCCCGCUGCAUCGUCCAACCUGAGCAGCAACGCAUCGCAGGCCGAUACGAGCGACGACGACGCACGCGAGGAGCAGGCAGCCUAUCUCCAGGAACUCAAAGACCGGUUACAGAAGGCUGAGACCGAGGCCGAAGAGCGCAAGAAGACGUGCGAGGUGCUCAACUCGCGGCUAGAUGAAGCGCUUGCUGAGCAGGCGAAGCUCGAGGAGCGCGCCCACGAAGAGGAGGAGAAGGUGGAGUCGCUAGAGAAUGUGAAGCGCGAGAUCACACGCCAGCACCGAGAGCUUGAGGGCAUCUACGAGGCUGAGCGGGUGCAGGCGAUGAAGGAGAAGGAAGAGACGCAGUCACGGGAAGAGGAGUUGCAGGAGACGAUCCAGAGGCUCAAAGACGCCAUGGCAUCGAAGACUGCCUCGUCAGAGGGCGAGGAAGACCAUGUUUCGCGAGCAUCAAACUUCCGCAACAACCCCUCUCGCAGCAACUCGUCGCAGAACCUCGAGACCGCGGGGUCCUUUGCGCCCCCCUCUUCGAUCCAUCGCAGCGACUCCCGCAGCAACUCGAAGCUCAUUAACCAGAAGGACAAGAUUAUCGAAGGCCUGCGUCUCGAGCUCGCCGAAUACCAGGUCAAGCUUCUUGAAGUGGAGAACGCUGGCGGUGGACGCAUGGCUGAGCUGGAGAAGCAGCUGCUGGAGACACGCAUGACCAACGCACGUCUCAUGGAAGACAACGAGAGCUUCCAGCUCCUGCUGGGCGAGAAGACGCUGAACGGAGACCUGAGCCGCGGUGACUUCCUCCGCGAGUCGUCAAAUGGCGGAGACGUCACUCCGUCGCGCAACGGCCCGUCGACCAGCUUGGCCGAUGAGUUGGAGUCGGCUGAGGAAGGCGACGUUGAGGCUGUCCGCAAGCUCGAGUCUGAGCUCGCUGCAGCCAGGGGCGAGAACAAGGCUCUGACACUCUACAUCAACAAGAUCAUCGGCGUCUUUCUCACACACCAGGGCUUCGAGUCGGUCCUGAGCAUCGAUGCUGACGCGACAGCGCCGCCCCCAACACGAACAAAGGAGCUGCCGCCCCCACCUCCGGAGAGCGACCAGCCUCAGGGCUUCCUUCAGCGCGCAAAGUCAGUCGCCAUGGGCGCCAACCGCAAGCCGCGCCCACUGAGCAUGAUGGGCCCGCCUCCCACCACCCAGCAGAGCGUCAAUGAAGACCCCACCACCGCCCCCAGCAUCCCCCUCUCGCGCUCCGCCUCGCAGCGCAAGCCAUCUGGCAGCUACACGCAGCACCGCCGCUCCGCCUCAGGCGUCAUGUCCGCCGACGUCAUCAACAAGAUGGUCUCCACCGCGACCAGCCCCAACGCCGUCUCCCCCAACCUCACCUCCCCGCGCAACUCCUUCUUCGGUCUGCCCGUCAACGGCGCCGCCGCCCCCGGCACCAGCAACCCCGUGUCCCGCGCCCCCUCGGGCCAGCAAGUCCCAGCCUCCAACGCCAUCCAGGAGGAGAAGGAAGGCGACGCUAAGAGCGACGGCAGCCACGUCGACACACCCAGCCCUCCCCGCCGUCUGGAACGCAGCGAGACUGCUGGCCCCAUGACGGGUAAAGGUAUGCGCCCGCUGCGCCUCGUGCAGAACGAGCAGGAGGCUGUGCAGGCGCGCAAGGCGGCGAAUCGCGCGAGUUGGUUCGGCGGGCUGUUCGGGCAGGCGCCGCCCAAGGUCGAGCAGGAGAAUUAA